UUUCUUAAUGUGGCCAAGCUGCCCCACUUUCCCCUAGUCCACGGAAAUGAUAAUAUUCAAAUCAGAAUGAAGAGUAACGUCUGUUUGUCUGUGGCUCUAGUGUCCAUUCUAUAAACUGCCUUUAUUAGCUGAACAGUCCCAUAUCCUUCGAAAUUCGCUAACUUUAUGCGUUGCAUGGGAGCGCAACAUUGCUUAAUUUUUCUCACAACCAACAAAACCAUUCAGCUGUAAAUCCAUUCACCCUAUCUAUACAUACCGGUUUAUGCAGUACGACGAUGCACGAUGGAUGUAGCGAGCAAAACAGAAUGAAUGAAAAACAACUCCACGCGGUAUUCAAUGCAUUGGGCAAGGGUAUUCCCCCAUCCGUCCCCCGGCUCGCCAUUCAAACGUCGCCCCCCAGCGUCGUGCAUUAGUUUAUGACUCACCCACCAAUCUAUAUCAAUCAGCGUCGAUGGCAUUCGCUCAGUUCAAGUUCACGCUUUGAGCCGUCAAGAUGUCCAUUGAAUUUUACGAAACAGAACUACACCGGACGGUUCGGCAGGCGCUCUCAAACGGAGGGAAUCAAUCCAUUAUUGACACCGUCAUCGAUCGGAUACGAUCCGACAGAGACGACUGCCUGUUCCAGAACUCGGAUGGCUUGACACCAAGCGAGCUGGCACUAUCAUUGAACCCGGAAGGACCGUUGUUCGUCGAAAUGAUACGAACGGAAUGUGAGGAUCUUUCGACGGUGGAAGGAUUUCGAAGGAUUCUUGUGAGGGGAAAUCUUCGCUUGGUUCAAACUUUCUCAGAAAUCAUUGAAAGCCGCUAUGGUUGGAAGGAAAUGCAGUUGGGAUUGACGCAAGCGUUCGCCGAACUCCGUACCCGUAACGUUUGUAUGUCACCGGAAAUCGACGAUUGGGCGCAAUAUUUGCUCGUCGAAGCUGACUAUCAACGCUGUUCGAGUGCGGAAGAUAACAGAAUGGCCUUGGAGAAGGAGAGAGAGGGAAGGCUGCGUCAUCUGUUGGAGUGCAUCGAGUUCUUGGAAGCGCAUCACUGCGGCGGUUGUAGUUUCGACGACAUAGAUGAGCGAUUUUUGCUUUACGUUAGGCAAAUAUUGGAACAUGUGUUCUUUCUGAAAAAUUGGUUGAAAGACCUGCCAUUGAUGCAGCUGCAGUUCUGUUUGGUAGUUUUCUUAAGAACGGUGACGGGAAGCAGAAACGAGAAAGUCGAUAUAUUCGGAUUCAUGAUCGACAAAGAAGCUGUUAUCAACUUCCUAGGGUCGUUCAGGAAAGUAUUCAUCGAGUACUGGGAUGUGAAACGGUUAACUGCUCAAGCGAUGUUUGAAGGCCUUAAGACACAUACCACCGGACCUGGUCAGUCCAAGAUAUUCACUUCAGUUCGACAGAAAAUUGCAAAUCACUCUGCACUACAGCGAUUGCGAUCGUUUGAAAAGUUUGAACAACUCGACCCCGCUCAGAUCACUGAACUCGACGAAAUUUGUGACACAUUUCGGAAACGCUGGAUUACCUCAACCCAUAGAAAGCACUUCAAAUCCCUCCUGAAGACCUACUAUACAGCAAAGCAGUUCUACUCGGUCGGUAAGGUCAUCUCAAGCAUUCAAACCAUUCAGAACCUCACCCUGGUCGACCCAUCUUCGUUACCCACAUCGAUCGCAGCUUUGAAACGUGCCCUCCAGUCCAUCGGUGAAGCGAUCAAAUCUUCAAAGCAGACACCGAACAUCACCAAAAAGCUGGACACCAUUCUGUGCAUGUUUCCGGCGCAAUCCUUCGUCGCAUUGGCGAAAGAACUACGACAGUUCUUCAGCCAUGACUAUUCACUGGCCAAGGAUCGUCUAGAUCGAGACUGCCCACUGGAGCUAUUCCGAUCGACGCUCGGCACUCUCAAAGCCAGCCUUCGAUGGCUGUCGUAUGUAUCAUUUCUCCAGAAUACUCACGUCUUCCGUCAAUACCUGGGUCGGUUGCUCAGGAUGCAAAGUCUCGAUCAGAUGCGAUCGUAUGUGAAAUUUAUCGGGAUGGAGUUUAAGUCCCAGCUGAUUUCACGUUUUGAACCCAGCGAUUCGAACGACGCGGUAGUCUUGGUUGAACAUCUGAUCGAGCGGUCCCACGAUGGAGACGAGAAAUUGGAAUUGGGAAAAGUUCUUCACGUGCUCACAAUUUACAGGAAUUCCAUUCGAAAUGACGUGGCGACGAUCGGGCAUACCAUCGAUCAGUUUUUCUUUUUGGAAAUGUACAUCCAACAGGAUGCGGCUGCCAUCGAGAGAGUUCGAACCCUGUUGCGAUGUAUGCUACAAGAGACUGCUCGAGCUCAACGGUAUGCAAGCGUAGAUAAAGCGUCCACCAUGGUAUCGGCUGACGCGAUCGCGCGACUUAUAAUACGCGAGACCGAUCAACAGAAGAAAAUUCUUCUCGAAGAGCUAUGGAAGCGACUGGUCAGGCAGAAUACGACGGCUAUAGAAUCGUUAAAGCAUCAGACAGUUGUUCCAGCCGAUCAAUGCUUGGAGGAGACGAUCAGCACAUUGAGUGACUUGGGUGUAGCAAUUGGCGACGAAGAAUUCGUUCGAAUGGUGAAUAAUAGGCUGAAGAAGAAGUACUACCAGAAUCUGUUCGAUCUCAACAACAAGUAUCACGUACUGAAUGAGGUGAUCAAGGAUCGACGAGUUGGAACCGGCUUGAAACAGCUCAAAACUAGACUUAAAGAGUUGAGAUUGCUUGAUGAAGGUCGAUUUCAGCAGAAAUUUGAUUCAAUAAUCGAUUCAAUACGGAAGAUCAUCGUUAAGCAUGGAAGACCAGAAGAAUUGAUAUCGAUACAGCUAACCCCAGAUGAUCGCUUUGCUUUGGAAUAUCAUCUGCUGGAAGCCUGUGAGAUCCUCUGUAGCUUAGGCAUUUUCAAAGACAACUUGCAUUCGCUGAAAGGACUGAUUCCGGUGAUCACAGGUCGCAAUCUUAGGAACUACCUUGCUCACGAUCGCUUAGCGUACGAAGUCCUGACGGGGACGUCAUCGGCGAUCGAAUAUUCUGCUCUAUACCUGAUUCGUCACCCAAUUAAACUAUACCACAAGUCAACUAUUCCAACGAAGAUCACCGAUGAUAAGUUCGACCACUUCUUCAAUCAUAAAUUGAAAUGGAUUAACAUACAACAGGAAUACUUCACAGCCGCUGAGAGCUUCGAUAUCGAGUCCCUGAGACGGUUAGCCCGGGUCGACAACAUCCACAUUUUCGAACGUAACCAACUGGACAACGACCUUCUUACGAUCGCUCUGAACGGUCAACCGCGCACAUUCAUCGAGCAUCUACGAAAUUCGUCAUUCGAACUGAACUUGUUCCUAUUGCUGUUGAGCCUUCCCAUCGAUUGUAAACUGCGAAGAAUGAUCCGCCAACUUCUAAAUGAUCCACACAUGUUUUGUUUCACCGUAUCCAUCCGUUUCGAAUUGAUCGAACAAUUGCAAUCCAAUCCAAACGCCAAAAGAAGUCUUCACAAGCAAGAAGUCGAACGGAUACUGAGAAGCUACUCGAUCGCAUCCAUUCAAAAAGUUACAGAGUUUCUAUCGAUCGAACAAUUCCUCGUGGAUUCCAGAUUUCGCAACACGAUACUCCACUGGAUGGUCUUACGUGGUGAUCUAGAAGCGGUACGCUUCUUCCUUGCUAGACGCCGAACCAUGAUCAAUAACGUGAAUGUCUUCGGGGAAACCCCACUGGCCCUUGCCGUUCGGUACGGAUAUUCAGAUAUCGUUCGUUUGCUGUUGGAAAACGGAGCCCAUGUCAAUGUGACAAAGUGGAACCCACUAUGGAUCGCAUCCAAGCUUGGUAAUCUAGAGCUGCUUCCCUACCUAAUCGAUGAAAAUACCGACCGAUGCCCCGAACGGAAUAAUCCGCUUGUUGGAUCUUUGCAGAGUAUCGACUUGGAAAUAUUCGUCAAACUGCACGAAGAGUACGGAUUCGGUUACCAAGUCCAAAACCUACUUCACAAAGCUAUUCAGCUUGACCGACCUCGAUUCGUACAGUACAUUCUCGCUUCGGAAGCGGGUAGGGAGUUGGUUCACUCGCUUGAUGAGCUUCAGUUUACUCCACUGAUGACGGCAGCUACCUGUGGUCGGUCGAAACUCUUCAGCGAUCUUCUCCGGAGCGGAGCGAAUCCCAGCUUUGCUAAUGAAAAUGGUUUUACGGCACUACAUUGCGCUGUGUAUAGCGGUAAACGAGUUAUCAUCGAUGUCUUACUGAAAAAUCCGCACGUGGACAUCAACGCGAUCGCAGAUGAUCGAUUUACCGCUCUAAGCAUAGCAAUUGGGCAACACAACGUCCGACAAGUCAAUUACCUUCUGUCAAAGGGAGCCGAAGUGAAAUCCUUUCAAAUUCUACUGGCGGGCUACUACAAGGCCUACGAUAUCGUCCGAAUACUGCUGGAUCGUAACGGUGCGUUGCUGAACGAAGCCCGAGACGUCCACAACAGGACUCUCCUCAUGUACGCCAUUAUCGAUGGAGAUUUAUUCACGGUGGAUUACCUGAUCGCUAAAGGUGCCGAUCUAGGUGCCCGUUCACGCGGUGGAUUCACGGCACUACACACUGCCGUCGGUAGAAAUGCCUUGGAAAUUUGCGAUCACUUGAUCGAGGCCAAUUGCGACAUGGAGAUCACCGACGAGUUCAACCGAACGGCCUUGGUGAUAGCUGUAGAGCAGGAAUUCACUGCCCUGGCUAUAUAUUUGCUCGUACGUGGAGCGAACCCCGAAACCGUGCGCUCGUUCAGAUUUGAUCUUUUCAAAGCAUCUUUUUUACACAAAUUUACCUACGAAAACCGUUUUUUCAUGGUUCAUUUUCUUCUCGAUCGGUUCAGCUUCGAUUGCUCGUUGCUCGAUGACCGCGGUAGAACCGCACUCGAUCUUGCACGGGAACAGGGGAACGACGCCAUAGCUGCCUUACUAUCCGAUGCGGCAGAACGCUAACUCAAAUACCUUCCACCU